GGGACCGAGGCAGGCACCGCUCGCAGCACACGCUCCUGCCUUCACAGCCACUCGCACCGGGGAAACUUGGAGUCAAGGGCAGCCACUGGAGUCUCCCACACGCUCAGGAGCUGUGAGAAAGCAGCGCCUUUCCCAGGUUGUCCUCAGGAAGUGGCAAAGCUCUGUCCCUGCUGGAGCACUGCUGACCACUGUCACCAACCAGACAUGCAGAGGGCAUGAGAGCCCACAGGACCUGACCCAGGGGUCACUCAGAGGAAAGGAGAAGGCAAGAAAGAAAAAGAAGCAGUUGAGAUCCAUCAGCAGCUGCCACAGGGCAUCAGCUCCAGCACUGAGCUCCCAGAGGGGGCCAACAGGCACAAAUGAGUUGCAAUGCCACAUCUCUUCUAGACCAUGUCAUUCCCAGCACACAAGGCUGAACAUAUAAAGUGACUCUGCAAUGUUCUCCAAGGUCACUGUAGAACAAGGGUCACUUUGGGAAGGGCUCUAGGCCUGCCUGGUACAGGCUCAGUCCAAGCAGCUUUGGAGCUGAUGAGAGCAGGACUUGCAGUGACACCAUGGAUCCAUGUUACAACCACACAAGCUCUCAAAAUAGGAUGGACUUUCCCCUGCAGCUGCUGGUCGGGUCCUGCCUCGUCAUCCUCAUCACGAUCACCCUCUGUGGCAACAUCAUCGUCUGCCUGGCCGUCACCUUCGACCGCCGGCUCCGGAGCUUGACAAACUGCAUCAUUGUCUCCUUGGCCAUCACAGAUCUGCUGCUGGGGCUUCUGGUGCUGCCAUUCUCUGCUUUCUAUGAACUCACCAAGGAGUGGACCUUUGGCAGCGUUUUGUGCAACAUCUACAUCAGCCUGGACGUCAUGUUGUGCACGGCCUCCAUCCUCAACCUCUUCAUGAUCAGCCUGGACCGCUACUUCGCUGUCACCAGCCCGCUCCGCUACUGCCAGGUGGUCACUCCCUCCCGGGUGGCCGUGGGUUUGGUUGUUAUUUGGACCGUUUCACUGAUGGUUUCCUUCCUACCCAUCCACCUGGGCUGGAACACCAACGGCACAGCAGUGCAAAACACAGGCCCCACCUGCAACAAGGAGUGCACGCUGGCGGUGAACCCCGUGUACGGGUUAGUGGACGCCCUGCUCACCUUCUACAUCCCUCUGGUCAUCAUGUGCAUCACCUACUACCGCAUACUCAGGAUAGCGAGGGAGCAGGCCAAGAGGAUAAACCACACGUGGGGCAACACGCCCAUGCCACCCAUGGUGAAGGAGCACAAAGCCACCGUGACGCUGGCAGUGGUGCUGGGAGCGUUUGUCGUCUGCUGGUUCCCCUAUUUCACCGUGUUCACCUACCGGGGGGUGUGGGGGGACAGCAGGGUCAAAGGCACACCCAUGUCCAUUGUUCUCUGGCUGGGCUAUGCCAACUCAGCCCUGAACCCCAUCCUCUACGGGACGCUCAACAGGGAUUUCCGAGUGGCUUACCAGCACUUGCUGCAGUGCUGGAGGACAGGACACCCCAGGAACUCCCACCUGUCUCCCCUCCAGAAUGCCCAGCCCAGGGGCAGGCAGGGCCAGGGCAGGCAGGAGGGUAAACCUUUGAAACUGGAGGUGAGGAACAAGAAGGGGACCCUGCUCACCGAUGGAGCCCUCAAGAGCACCGGAGCUUUUCUGUGAGUCUCAGCCAGCCCGCUGCCCUAGGACCCACAUCUCCCAGCCUUUAACUCCUGGCUGCCCUCUUCCAAAAUCCUGUGUGUGAGGUUGAAAGGACAACACUCAGCUUUCCUCAGCGCAAAACUCAGCAGCAGAAGCGAGAUCUGCAGGGAUCCCUGCUCUGGCAUGUGGCAUUCCCUCCAUCCCCAAGCACUUCUGGAGAGGCCUCUGCCCACCCAGGUUUCUUCCCAGGAGGGUGGUGUGUUAGAAGAGCCCUCAGAGGAGCUGCAGAAGAACAUCUCCCCUGGCCUGUCUGAGCAGUGACACUUUCAGCACCAAGCCCCACACGAGCAGGAAGAGAUGCCUGAGGAGCUGGGUCAGGAGGCAGGGCUGGGUGUGCCCUCUCCAGACCCAUGGCACAGGGUAGAGGGGAAAAGGGACUGAUGUUGAGGUCUUGGUGCCAGGCAGACCAGCCUAGGAUGGAGAAAAGCAGAACAGGCACUACCUUCCCUGGUGUCCUCGGGAUGUAUUCACCCAUCAGAGGGGGCAAGGGCCUGGUAGAUGGGGGUGAAGUGGCAGGAGGGCUCAGUGUGGUGGAAGUUGGCAACCACAAGUGCUGGAUGUCCAGGCACAGGACGUCCCAGUCCCUCAGCAUGCAUGCUGUGCAUGGCUGCCUCCCAUUCCUGGGGCUGUCCUUACACCAAAUCACCUGUCCCAGCCCUAGUGCAAGGCAGAGAGAAGCCCUGGAGCCUGCUGGGCCGUGGGGAGACACUCAGCAGCCAGGGUUUGCCCCAGGCUCUGCCUUCCCCAGCAGCCCAACAGUAAGGCUCCCAAAAGAGGAUGUUUCUUCCCUGAGUGUAUGCAGAAAUCAUCAGUGGUAUAAAAAUCUAUUUAAGACAGAAGGAAAAUGAGAUAUUUGAUUUCUGUCUGUGUGUGUGUGUGUGUGUGUGUGUGUGUAUGUGCUUUGUCCUGGGAAGAGCCUCCCUGUCCUGCUCCACCCUGCUGUCCCAUGCCCAUCCCUCUGCCAGGACAGAACCUGGACACCAGCACAAACACCCAAGACACAGGCACAGCUGCCCUGGGCAAGGCUGGCACCCCCCAGAGCACAUCUUACCCUGUGGCACCAACCAGCUGGUCCCUCCAUGGUCCCUGAGCUGAUGGAGCAGGGGACACCUUUGCCAUCCCCCAGGAGGCCCCAGCUCAGGGCUCCCCCUGCUUGCUGCAGGCACAGCCCGGCCCCAAGCUCCAGCCACACCAUGGGUAUCACCCACUGUCACCAUCACCCAUGGCAAGGCUGGGCUCCCUGACCUGGCACAGCACACCCCACUCACUCCCAAAACUCCUCAACACCCCCCGAGCCACCACAGCACUGAUUGUCAGCAUCUGCCACCGGUGCCACUGUGGGCUUCACCCUGCCACCGCUAAUUACAGAGAGCAAUUAUCACCCAAAGAGCAAGGAAAGCUGAGAGAGGGGAGUGCUGCAGCCCCAGUGCCUCCCAGCACCCAGCCAAACACCAGUGGGCAAGGAAACAUCCCCAAGGUGAUGCCCUGGCAGGCGAGGUCCCCUCAUGGGAUAAGGAGCUAUGAAGCUCCUGGGCUGAGCCCACCAGAGCAGACAGAGAAUUUGCCUCAGCAGCAGCUUUACAGAGCAGCAGGAGCUGAAUCCCUGCAGAGGAGCACACGGAGCUCUCGUCUUCCCCAGACAAAGCCGGCAGGAGCAGGCCGGAAUCGCCUGCAGCAUCCACGCUCCGCUCCAGCUCGGAGGAGAACUGGCAAACACACACCCAAACCCCUGCCACCUAUGAUAACAAUUAGAGACUUAUCUAAUUGCAAAAAUAAUUGCAAUUGAAGUGUUUAAUUACCAUACUAAGCAGGAAGAGCAGUUUCCUACUGUUCCAGUAGCACUCCCGAUCCAUCAAACAAGGUUUGGGGCUUGUUUGGGUGCCGGGUUUUUUUAGGUUUUUUUUGGUUUUCUUUUUUUGAUUAUUAGAUUGCAGCCCCAGGGGAUGAAGAGAUUUGCUAAUUAGGGUCUUGGAGAACAGCUACCAAUUCACAAGCACUUGCUUUUAAUUUCAAUACUAACGAGGCUGGAAGGGGGAGAAAUCCAAACUGCAGAACAUCUGUGGCAGUGCUGGCUGCCCCCAGCCCCUCCUCGCUGGGCUGGCACUGCUCAGGGACCAUCCCAGAGACCACAGGGAUGGGCUGGGGGGUGCAAGCACUCCCCACAGAGGGGAUGGCCAGUGCAAGCAUGAGCAAGGUGGUGAUGCUGCUCCAGGUCGCUGCUGUCACCGCAGCCACCACACAAACUAAUCCCAGCAUCGAUCAUCUGUCUAAUCCCAUCAGGGACCAUCAGCUUUCUCAGUGAUGGGCUAAUCCUGGUCCUGAGGCAGCCGUUCCAUCCCCUGGGGGUGCAGCAGCAAGAAUUUCUCCAGGUGACAUUCGGUUUUGUUCUCCUCUAAACUGACAACAAAAGAGAAUUUAAUUCUCUCGCCAAGCAGCAAUUCUGUGAGGGAAAAGAAACUGCUUAGGAAGCUCCCAACCAACAUCUGCUCUCUCAGAUAGGAAAUAUCCCCUGCUAGUGGAGGGAGCACAGGCAGGGCUGGCUGCCAAGUGCAUGGGGACACCCCCAUCCCCCUGUCCCUGCAGGGGACACAGGAGCUCACGCUGCCCUGUGUAUGACACCCAAUCCUCACCUUGCUCCACCAAACCACCCAGGGACUUCUGCCACCAAACCACCUUUCACAUCCUUGCCACAGCUCUGGGAAGGAUCCAAAUAUCUGCAGAGAGGAGACACAGGGAAGGAGAGAAGUGCUCGGGAGGCAGGAGCAGCUGCAGGGCAUCCAGGCGUCCUGUCCCCCAGGAGCGCAGCUGAGAUGUGGUGGCUGCCACGGGCCGGAGGCAAAGGAGUGUUUUAUUUCUUUUAGAUAAAA